CCGCCAUUCAUCGAACAUCAUCAUCUACGAUAUCCACAUGUCUUGGCUCAAGAAGUUUCUACCAGUUGCAGAAGAGGCUCCUCGGGGGUUUGGAGCGGGCUUCGGCUUUCAAGUGCUGAAGAAUACCAGCCCGCUGUUAGAAAUAGAGCCUUGGUUCGAUUACAUCUGUGGCAUCAAUGGCCGACCGAUCGAAGACGGAAACGCCAUGCUCUUCAAGCAGGAAAUCGGAAACUGCGCAGGCCGGGACGUAACCCUCCGCGUGUGGAGUGCCAAGGGUCAACGCACACGGGAUAUCAUCAUCCCUCUCCCGCCCGAUGCCACGGGCCUGGGCCUAACCCUGCAGUGGGUCUUCCUCGCCGCGUCGGAGGACGUCUGGCACAUCCUGGACGUAGCGCCCAAUUCCCCGGCCGACCAUGCGGGCCUGCUCCCCUACGGCGACUAUAUCAUCGGCACCCCGGAGGGCGCCGUGCGCGGGGAGUCUGCCCUCGGCGAGCUGGUGGAGGACUUCAUCGAGCGCCCGCUGAGACUGUACGUGUACAACCACGAGUACGACGUGGUGCGCGAACUGGCCAUCACCCCGCGGAGGAAUUGGGGUGGGGAGGGCGCUCUGGGUUGCGUUUUGGGGUUCGGUGCGCUACACCGUGUUCCGCCGCCGCUGACGGAGCCGCCGAAUGCGCCCGGGGAGACCUUAUUCGAUUCUGGCGGCGGCGGCGGCGUGGCAUCGGAGGUGCACUCGCCGGUGGAUCAGCCGAACUUUAUCACUCCCGCUAAUAUGUACCCCGCUGCCGCUACGCGGACUCCUCCCCCACCUCCUCAGUUCAGGACACACUCCCCCGUUGGCGGGCACUACCUGCCACAACCGCCGAAAUCGGGCUCCGUAAGACAUAAGCCCAAACACCACGCGCACCACAUGAACCCUUCUGCCAUGGAUGCCUUCAUGCGCGAGGAGGAGCAGAAGAGCAGGGAGUUGGACUACUCCGGGUCUGGAAGGAGUUCUCCAGCUGCGGGGCCGCCACCUCCGGCCAGGGGUGGCCCCCCGCCGCCAAGAAGGAUGGGAACGCCGUUGGCGCAUGCGACAGAGUUAACUUGA